AUGCCCUAUCCUCAGUAUGCCUUCCGGGCUCAAAAGACACUGGGAUUAAGCGCUGGUCCAUCUUGGCAAGUCACUGAUCAGAUUCCGAGUGGAUCAGUUGGCAUCAAGAGCUGUGUCUAUUCUACAGAUGGAGAUUGGUUCGCGUACGCUACGCCUACAAAUGUCCAGCUCCUGCCGUCAUCCUCUUCCUCCUCGGAGCCGGCGAGAGUCAUUGAACACCCCAAUGUCAUGGCUCUUGCAUUCUCUCCCCUCUCCACAACCCUCUUCACCUUUGAGCGUCCAAUCAAAUCUGAUACAGAGGUGCACAAGAAUGUCAAAGCGUGGGAUGUCAAAACGGGCAACGAGGUUGGAGGAUGGUACCAGAAGACAUACGACGAUUGGGAACCUCUAAUCACCGCGGACGAGACCCAUCUGAUACGGCCCACAGCGUCCGACAUUCUCAUCUUCACUCCUCCAUUGUCACCCCGCCCGACAACCCGGCUCAAGAUUGACGGAAACAUUAAAGGAGUCUUUCUCUCUUCACCUUCUGCCCUUCCGCCAGGUACGACCUCAGCCAAGCCUGUUCCUCCAGCAUCCGAGCCCGCCAUUGCCGUAUGGCUGGGCGAACGGAAAGGAGCUCCAGCUAGUGUCGCGCUCUAUACCAUGUCAAGUCUCCUAGGGAACGCGAAGAAGGAUAAUGGCGAUGAGGGAAAGACGGAGACUCGGGACAUACCAUUGACGACAGCUAGAAAAGCGUUUUACAAGGCCGACAAGCUCAGCGUGAAGUGGAAUGCGGCGGGUACCAUGGCCCUCUUUCUCACACAUACCGAUGUAGAUCAAUCCGGCAAAUCCUACUACGGGGAGACAAAUCUUUAUCUUCUCAGCGUUGACGGUUCAUUCGAUAGUAUGGUCGACCUAGACAAAGAGGGCCCGAUCUACGAUUUUGGCUGGAACCCGACUUCCAGAGAGUUUGCUGUUUGCUAUGGAUAUAUGCCUGCCCGUGUGCAGCUCUACGAUCUCAAAGCCAAGCCUCAGCAUUCUUUCGGAGCCCAGCACCGCAACUUACUUCUGUACCAACCUCAGGGCAGACUGCUGAUCACCGCCGGGUUCGGAAACCUGGCUGGAGGUGUAGACGUGUGGGACAUCAGCACCCGAAACAAAGUUGCCGAAUUUAAAGCUGCCAAUUCAUCUCACUGUGAAUGGUCCGCAUGUGGUCGCUACAUUUUGACUGCAACGCUCUCACCGCGCUUACGAGUCGACAAUGGGGUCAAGAUUUGGUGGUGCGGGGGACAGCUUCUCAACAUUCACCUUCAGGACGAGCUUUAUCAAGUCAGUUUCCAGCCUAGCAACCCGUCCGGUGUUCAGCCAUUCCCGGCAGUCCUCCCGCCUGCCCCGGAGCCGAAUGAGAGUGUAGCCUUACUGAGACCCAAGGGCGAGACAUCAAACGGUGGCGACUCGAAACCAGCAGGAGCAUAUCGUCCGCCUGGCGCUAGGGGUACAGUCGCUAGUGAUGCCUACAAGCGGGACGAGAACGGGACGUACGAACCUUUGACACCAAUGUUCAAAGGUGGUAAACCAUCGCAGCGCUAUGUUCCCGGUGCGAACUCUAUACCUGGUGCUCCCAACCCGUCUGGCGCCGGCGAAGAGAAGAAGAAGCGCGUUAGAUCGAAGCGACCGAUCAAGGACAAGGAUGGAGAAGCGAACGGAGACAGAGAAAAUGAGCCUCCAGUCGACGAAAUGACGACGUUGAAGGUCCACGAUAAUGGAGUCGACGAGGCUGUCGCCAAGAAGCUCCGAAAUCUGGCCAAAAAGCUCAAGGCCAUAGAAGACCUCAAGGUCAAACAGAGUCAAGGUGAAGAGCUUGAAGUGACGCAGGUGAAGAAGAUUGCGACAGAGCAACAGGUCAAGGACGAGAUAUUGUCUCUUGGCGGCACGGUGUAG